AUGGCUACAUACAAGCUACAUACUAGUAGCUCUGUCUACUUCCUUCAUACACGAAGCCGCGAAGCUGUCGGAACAAGUGAGGCGACCGAUUCUCCCUCCAUCCCUAUCAAUUGGCGGUUGUCUGAAAGUAUCGGACUGACCAAAGGAUACCAAGCAUCCAUCCUGAAUGCCUCGAAGAUUGAACCUCAAAAGCUCGUCAAUACUAUCCUCAAUAUUAUCGAGAGGAAAAUAUUUGUCACCACCGAAUCUACAAAAGUUGCAAAAUCUUUUCCUCCGGCAGUACACCCUCUGAGGUCUGAGGAUCCCUACACGCCGUGUACAAAUAUCUACAAGACGAAGGACAACAGGUUUCAUCGCAUCCGUGUUAAGCUAGACGCUCACCCCUUCCCAAACCACCAUGGAAUCCCUCGCAAAUACGCUUUGAGACACGGAAAGAUCAAUUCUUAA